ACUUCACUUGAGUGAGGGAGGGAAGUAAAAUGGGUGAACGGAAAGUCCCUGUGUGGAAAUCCCCUUGACUAGGGCUUUUUAUCCCCCACACUCUUGCUAUCUCUUCUUUCAUGGUUUAAACGCUAUCGUCGGCGUCCACGCGUGUACUCGUGAACGCGGGGACUCGUCAAAGUGCGAGCUCCCCCACUCACCUCUCCCCUCCCCCCCAAAAAAAAUCGCCGCGCCGAGAGGAGAAGCUCGAAUGGCGCCGAGCGAGAGGAUGAGGCUGCCGAGCAUCCGGCGGCCUUUGUUGUAGCACCAGCCCUCCGGCGCACGUCGGACAGUUUCCGCCUUCUACCCCCUCGCCCGAUCCCGUUCCUCGCCAUCAUGUCGCAGGGCCAGAACUUCCUCCCCAAGUUCCUUUUUGUGUCCAACCUGCUGAAGGCAGUGAAGAUCCGCCAGCGGGUGCCCAACGACGUGUUGAAGCCAGCAGCCAGCGGUGGUCUCAUGCACCACCUGCGUGGCAUGCACCGCUACACGCUGGAGAUGAUCGCCAUGAACCACUUCCCACAGGCCUUCCGCGAAGUGGUGCAGGCCGCCAUCUUGGACCGGGUCAUGCAGGUCUCACUGGAGCAGGAGAAGAAGCUCAACUGGUGCCGGGAAGUUAAGAAGAUGGUUCCCCUGCGCACCAACGGAGAUGGCAAUUGCUUGCUGCACGCUGCCUCCCAGUACAUGCUGGGUGUCCAGGACACAGACCUGGUUCUCCGCAAAGCCCUCCACGGAGUUUUGAAAGAGACGGACACUGGCGUCUUUCGGGCGCGCUUCCAGGCCGAGCUUCUGCACUCUCAGGAGUUCACUCAGACGGGCCUCCGGUACACCACCACGAACUGGGAGGACGAGUGGGAGAAGAUCGUAAAGAUGGCGUCCCCGGUCUCCAGUAGCAACGGCCUCCAGUUUGACUCACUGGAGGACAUCCAUAUCUUCGUCCUGUCCAACAUCCUCCGCAGGCCCAUCAUUGUUAUCGCAGACCAGGUGCUGAGGAGCAUGAAAUCGGGGUCGUCCAUUUCGCCCCUCAACGUGGGCGGGAUUUAUCUCCCGCUGCACUGGCCCCCGGCCGAGUGCUACAAAUACCCCAUCGUGCUGGGCUAUGACUCGCAGCACUUUGCACCCCUCAUCACCAUUAAAGACAGCGGUCCUGAAAUCCGAGCCGUGCCACUGAUCAAUCCCGGCCGAGGAGGCUUUGAGGAGCUGAAGGUGCACUUCCUGAUGGAGAAGGAGCAGCAAGUAAAGGAGAGCCUCCUCAAAGACUACUUGCUGCUCAUCGAGAUCCCCGUCAUCGGCUUGGGAUACGACACCACGCGCAUCAUCAACGCAGCACGGUUGGAUGAGGGCAACUUGCCGGAGGACAUGAACCUGAUGGAGGACUACCUCCAGCUGGUCAACCACGAGUACCAGCGCUGGCAGGAGGACAAGGAACAGGCGUGGGCGGCCCAGCCUCAGCGCCCGCCGCCCUUCUCAGUCUCACAGCUCUCGCUCAUCGAGAUCCGCUGUGCCACGCCACGCUGCACCUUCUACGUGUCGGUGGACACGCAGCCGCACUGCCACGAGUGCUUUGAGAAACGCCAGGCCACCACCACCACCGCCGCCUCCACCGGAACCAGGAUAGAAGGCCUGGUGCACACCAAGGGCGGCGGCAGCAGCGGCGGCGGCUCGGACAGCAGCGAGGGCAGCUCCAGAGGGGGCCGAAGCAGCAGCCCACCGUCCUCCUCGUCUAGCCGGGUGGUGCUGCUGUCCAGCCCACGCUCGGCCCCUCCGCCCACCGCGCCCAGCCUCAGCCUGUACAGCGAAACACACGCCAUGAAGUGCAAAAGCCCCGGCUGUCUCUUCACCCUCAGCGUGGAGCACGCCGGACUGUGCGAGCGCUGCUUCAACUCCAGGCAGUACCAGGCGCCGCCUGGGGCCGGAACUGGACCGGACGCCGUUGCCCCUCACGCGCCCCAGGCUCCCGGCUGGAACCAGUGGGGGCCCCCCCGCGAGGCGGAGACGGAGCGCUGCGGCAUGUGCAGACAGGAAGCCUUUCGGAUAUUCAACGGGCUGUGUCCACCCUGCAUGCAGAGGCAGCAGGCUCCGGAAGCGGGCGAUCCGCAGCCCGGCAAGCCCGGGACCGAGGCCUCGUCUUCGGCCUGGAGCCAGCCGAAGGAGCGGCCGUGCCUCACCCUGACGCCGGGCCACGCCUCCGCCUGGCAAGUCCCGCUCGCCCGGCCCUGUAAACGGUCCGGUUGCCAAUUCUUUGGGACGCCGGAGAAGUUGGGCUUCUGCACUAUUUGCUACGUAGACUAUCAGACCAACCACCACCUGACACCUCCUCCCCCAGCCCCGACACAGGGCCGGCACGGCGCGGAGACCGGCUUCCAGAAUGCGGCCCGCUGUCGCGGACCGGGCUGCGGCGCGCUGGGCAAGGCCAUGCUGGAGGGCUACUGCGACAAAUGCUACGUCAAAGAGCAAAGCGCACGGCUCAACCAGGUGGCACAUCGUACGCCGCACUCCCCUCCCCCUGUCGUGCGCGAGCGAACCACCAAACCCCGCUCCACGCAGCAGUCGCAGACUCAGACGCAGACGCAGUGCCGGCGGAGCGGCUGCAGCAACGUGUCUCCCGGCUGCACGGACCUUUGCCCCGAGUGUCACACACGGGGGGGCCAGGCUCGGGACGCGGGUCGCCGGGCGCAGGCGCCCAAGGAGAAGUCCAAGCAGCGGUGCCGGACGCAAGGCUGCGACCACUACGCCAACCAGGAGAAACAGGGCUACUGCAACGAGUGCGACCACUUCAAACAGAUCUACCGCGGAUGAACCCCAGCGACACUCUCCUACUAACCAACCAACCAACCAACCAACUAACUAGCAAGUGACUAACUAGUAACCUUAUGGCCUGAAAAUCAUCACCCUGCCCUGUAACGCCCUUUCCUCUCCCGUGUAGAAUGUGAAGAGUAAGUGCGAGUGUGCACGUGGGGGGAUAAGCAAACGUGCGUGCGUGCGUGCGUGCGUGCGUGUGUGCGCGCGCGUGUGAGUGCGUGCUUGCGCGCGCACAGUAGACAUGGCCUCCACAAUACCUCUUUGUGCAAUUAUGACCAUCCGACGAGCUGCGGCCGCACGUGUACAAAAUGUAUUUCGAGGUACCUGCCCACUCGUGCCGGACGCAAUGAUUGUACGUCAACCGGAAGCAUCCGACUUUCUCUUUUUUUUUUUUGGAUUCGACCGGUGAUUCCCAAGAUUCCCAGAGAGAUGAAUGCGCCAAGAUAUUUGUAGUAAACCAAAUUCUGUGAAAUUGGAUGAAAGCCAAAUGUCUUGUGGUGGCGCAGUAGUUGGGAAUCACCGGUCUAGAUCACAGCCAAGGAUUUCGAGCCCUCGUCUCUCUGGAUGCAUUUGUGCUUGUUCGUCUAGCUUCGUGUUUGUUCUCCAGGGUAUGAGCGUGAGAGUUGUGACUGAUCAAAAAGUUCCCCACCUACCUUGAUCCAAAUCAUUCAAUGUUCUUGCCAAAAAAAAAACACAAAAGAAAAGAAGAGAAGCUCUUACAAUCAAUAUGUAUGAUGUGAUCACAUCUUCCACAAGUUAUUUGAGGGAAAUCCACCUUUGUAGAUGUAACUGCCGCUUUUGCUAAACAAUUUCAUGGCUGUCCAAACGUACAUGGGAAUUUUCUUAGAAAAGUAUAUUUUCCAGCGAUUGAGGUUUUAAAAAUGCACUUUUUUAAGGAAACGCUGACCAGGGUAGAGACUUGCCCAAAAGUGGCUUGUCUUCUUUGUAUGAUGUCACAUUUCAGAGACCGGCAACUACAUCUAACUUGAUUUACAUCUUUCGAUUCAUCCUUGAUUUUCUUUUUGAAUGCUUUAAAUUUGUCUCCCAGCUCAGUUUCUCAGAUCCUCAUCUCAAUUCAGCUCAUUGCUUCAAGACGCAGUCGUCUUUAUUUGUGGUAUUUGUUUGGUAAUCAGGAUACGAACAGUUUUUCUUGGACUGUUCUACGGAAUGAUAAAGAAUAAUAGCAAAUUUCUUUAAGAUCAAAUUUUCCCUCACAUUACAACUUUCACUUUUUUUUUUUUUUUUUUUAUGUUUCUCGACUCCAAUACUUUGCCCUUUCUUCCCUCAUCUCACAAUGGAUUCAACUUUCUUUUAUGUUGUGCCGUGCCAUCUACGGUACUUUCCCCUCUAUCAAGUUUCAUGCUGACAGAGAUUUAACCCAAAUCCCUUAGCGUAAAUAUACUUUUUUUGUGAUCUCCAUGUACGUGUGGACUAAAGUCUCUGUUUGCUAUCCAAGAGUGCAAGAUAGACAGGGCGGGCCCCUGCUGGUUGUAGUGCUACACGCACAGAAAGCGUCUCCAUUGUUGCCAGUGGAGACGCCGUUCAGCAUUUACGUUCUUUUACCUUUUGCAAGCCCCAUUUAGAACAGAUCAGUUGCCUUGGAUAUUGUUUUUUUGCCUGUUUACGGACCACUGGAGCACCUGUACGCAGACCAUAUGCACACACACAUGCGCACACGCAAACACAUCGUUUGAUUGCCUACUUGGUCCGACACAAUGUAUCUGAAUGUGUUUGUGCUGCUGCUGUAACGGCACAGUAUUGUAUUGGGGCUCAUCCUCCACAAGUUUUGCCUUUAAGAUGGACCACAGGAGCCUGAUGCCAGCAUCAGCGCUCCCCAUUAUUAUUAUUAUUAUUAUUAUUAUUAUAUCAACCCUCCUGUGAGUGUCAUGUCAUGGGUCAUUUAAGCAAAGCACUAAAAAUGGAUUUUAAUUGUUCAUUUUUUUCCAAAACAAAUCUGCUGCUGCACCAGAAAAAUAAAGUUCUGUAUCAUGUUAAAAUUUUUGCUUUACAAGGUCAUUAGUUUUUUUAUUCUUCUUACUUUUUUAAAUGGUUACUCAUGCCCAUGUUGAGCCUGGAAGAAACGAGCUUGCCCGAGUCUCGCACCAAACAGGAGGGUUGAAAUGCAUUUGUGAAUAUGGAUCUGGGUCCAUGCUGUUGGACCUUCCGACUUGAUGCCUCAUCUUUAAAACACACAUACACACAAUCCAAACACACGUGUGCGUCUCAAAACUGACAUUCCUCUUUUAUUUUUUAUGAGGGGAUUUUUUUUUCUUACUUCCAGAUGUAUUUUAAUACUCGCUUUGGUUUUCUUUUUUGGUGUUGUUUCUUUGCCAUAAUAAUGUACUUGUGCCAUCAAGCGCCAAACGGUUAUUGUUAUACCUCCUUAAAAAUGGCCGCCUCGGAUUAGCUAGACAUGGCAAGCGCUCUUUGUUUGAUACAGUGGAACGCCCCAACGUCAAACGCCUCAAAAGUCGAAUACUGCAAAUCUAAUUCGUUUUUUUAAAGAGAUUGGCUUACCUUCCUGUAAAUGUUUUAAAUAUUUGUAAAUGCUAAUGUGACUAAUACAUAGCCAAAGGUAUGAUGGCUAGGAAAGACCCCCCCCCCCCAAAGAGUGUGAAUAAAGAAUUGUUUUCUUCAUAAUUUGUUCAAAUGGCCCUAAAACUCUUGAAUUUGACUCCCCCUAGUAAAUGACAGUUACAUUCACAAUCAUUUACUAAGAUAGUGGAGGCGAGGAGGCAUAGUGGCUUAUUGUUUCUACUUUUGAGUUCAAAAAUGUUAAACAUUAACAUCUUCUAGAUUGUUUGAUUGCCACAAGAAUUAAUUUGCUUCACCUUAUUUUGAUGGGAGGAAAACAUUACUGGGCUACUUUGCGUUCGACUUUGAAGGUUGCAUUGUAUCGCUGAGUUGCACCGUACGGUAUGUUCUUCCGUGUGCGGGCCGAGUUUGCCUUCACGUUCAAGUGUAGUGUGCGUACACUAUAGAUCUCCGUGUGCUUUAAUGCCCUCCUCACCCACUUUGAUCCAACCAGUGUGUGAAAAAGGACUAACGCUUUGGGACGUGUAAUAAAGGUGUAACAAAUCAUGCAAGUUUUCUUUGUGGGACCUGUCCACAAUGGAGUACUGUAUGAAGAGUUUAAAAAAAGCUUCGUUUUAUUUGUUAAGUAUUUAUUCUUAUCAAGAUAUGUGUAUUGUGUGAUUCAACAAUUAUUUAUAUGUUGUCCUGAAAUGAAUUAUUUUUACUAAGAAAUCUGAA